AUGGAUCAAGUCACUAGUCAUUUCAACCAAAUCAGAGAUAAAAUAGGUGCCAGUGUUCAGACAUACGUGGAUACUGACAAGUUGCCUAAUAGUUUUCAAGAAUUUCAACAAACUGCUGGACUGUAUUUGAAUAAUUUGAAAGAAACCAUUCCAGAAAACAUUGAAAAAUACUAUACUGUACUUAAAAACACCAGCAAGGAUGAGAUAUUGAACGACAUCACUCAAUUGAAAGUGACACCAGCUACGGUUACUUUGUCAAUAACCACCAUUGCUACUGUUUUACUUGUUAGUCGUUUAUUAGCGCAGUCAUCUGAUGAUGAAGGCAGUAAAUCUAAGAAGAAGAACUCUAAAAAGAAGCAAAAGAAGAAGCUCUCCAGAGCCCAGAAGGCCAAUAAAGAAAUACAGCAAAUUUUAGACUUUGUUGAAGAAAAAUACGUACCUGAGAUUGAUGAAUAUUUGGAAAAUUAUAGUAAAUUGGAUAGCGAAAAGAUUCAAUAUACUUAUAACUACUUUCAGGAAAUGUUAUUGAAGGAAUUGAUGAAGUUAGAUGGGGUUGAUGUUUCGGGCAAUGAAGUUUUAAGAGACAAUAGAAAGAAGGUUAUUAAGUUUAUUCAAGAUCAUCAAGCAAGAUUGGAUAAAUUUAAAAAAGAAGCUAAAUUUUAA